GGGCUGAGGACAGACCCGAGCACCUCUAGGCCUUGGGCUCACAUGCCGGUUCUCCCAGGUGACAGGCCAGUGCCUUCUCGUCCUAGAGCUUCCGUUUUCUCGUCUGUUAAGCGGCAUCACUGAGCAGGUUGUUGGAUUGUAAGGUGUGUCUCCGGGCUCCGCCGCUGCCGGUCCCACUGCCCAGCAGACGCCGCCGAGAGGCCACCGCCGCAGCCCCUGACCCGAGACAGACCCGCCAAGCGCCUGCCAUGGACGCCGACGCCGCCCGGAGCAACGGGGCCAGCCCGGAGGCCAGGGAAGCCCGCAGCCUGCCGGGCCCCGCGGGCAGCCCUGAGACCGGGGCCAAGGUGGACGGUAAAGACGCCAAGACCACCAACGGGCACGGCGCGGAGGCGGCUGAGGGCAAGAGCCCGGGCAGCGCCCCAAAGCCAGGGGAGGGGAAGAGCUCCCUGUUCCUGGGGAGCGAGUGGCGGCGGCCCAUCAUCCAGUUCGUGGAGUCGGUGGACGACAAGGGCCCCAACUACUUCAGCAUGGACUCCGGGGACGGCCAGCGGUCCCCCUACGCGGGGCUGCAGCUGGGGGCCGCCAAGAAGCCCCCGGUCACCUUCGCCGAGAAGGGGGAGCUGCGCAAGUCCAUCUUCUCGGAGCCCCGCAAGCCCGCCCUGCCCGCCGGGGAGCCCGGGGGCGCCCGGAGGCACAGCUCCCCCCGGGCGGGCCUGGGCGGCCUGCCGCGCGCCAAGCCGGGCGCCGAGGAGGUCCUGUGCGACUCCUGCAUCGGCAACAAGCAGAAGGCCGUCAAGUCCUGCCUGGUGUGCCAGGCCUCCUUCUGCGAGCUGCACCUCAAGCCGCACCUGGAGGGCGCCGCCUUCCGCGACCACCCGCUGCUGGAGCCCAUCGGCGACUUCGAGGCCCGCAAGUGCCCGCUGCACGGCAAGACCAUGGAGCUCUUCUGCCAGACGGACCAGACCUGCAUCUGCUACCUGUGCAUGUUCCAGGAGCACAAGAGCCACAACACCGUGACCGUGGAGGAGGCCAAGGCCGAGAAGGAGACGGAGCUGUCCCUGCAGAAGGAGCAGCUGCAGCUCAAGAUCAUCGAGCUCGAGGACGAAGCAGACAAGUGGCAGAAGGAGAAGGACCGCAUCAAGAGCUUCACCACCAGUGAGAAGGCCGUCUUGGAGCAGAGCUUCCGGGAGCUGGUGCGGGACCUGGAGAAGCAGAAGGAGGAGGUGAGGGCGGCGCUGGAGCAGCGGGAGCAGGACGCCGUGGGCCAGGUGAAGGUGAUCGUGGACGCCCUGGACCAGCGGGCCCAGGUGCUGCAGGAGGACAAGCAGACGCGGGAGCAGCUGCACAGCAUCAGCGACUCGGUGCUGUUCCUGCAGGAAUUUGGCGCGUUGAUGAGCAAUUACUCCCUGCCCCCACCCCUGCCCAGCUACCGAGUGCUGCUGGAGGGGGAGGGCCUGGGGCAGGCGCUGGGCAACUGCCGGGACGACCUGCUGAACGUGUGCAUGCGCCACGUGGAGAAGGUGUGCAAGGCUGACCUGAGCCGCGGCUUCAUCGAGAGGAGCCCCGCGGAGAACGGGGGUGACCAUCGCUACAUGAGCAACUACACUGGCAGCUACGCCAGCGACUGGGGCGCGCCCGACACCAUGAAGAGAUAUUCCAUGUACCUCACGCCCAAGGUGGGGGCCAGGACGUCGUACCAGCCCGUGUCCCCCAGCCGCCUCCCCAAGGACAUCAGCCAGAAGAACUUCAACAAUCUCUAUGGCACCAAAGGUAACUACACGUCGCGCGUCUGGGAGUACUCCUCCACCACGCACAGCCCCGAGGACCUGCCCCUGCCCGGGGUCCCAGGCAGCUCCUCCUUUUCCCUGAAAGGCUACCCCUCCCUCGUGCGGAGCCAGAGCCCCAAGGUCCAGCCCCAGACUUGGAAAUCUGGCAAGCAGACUUUGCUGUCUCACCACCGGCCGUUCUACGUCAACAAAGGCAACGGGCUUGGCUCCAACGAGGCCCCGUGAGCUCCGGAGGGAAUGAGGCACCCACUCCCGCUGACCCCGCUGACCCCGCUGCUCUCGCUCUGUCCUCGGGCUGCAGGAAGGCCGGUCCUGGGCCCGCCGUCCCCGCCCUCUGCCCGCCCCCAUCGCCGCCUGGCCAGCCCCACCUUCCCCGUUGGCACACGCUACCCAGGCCGCUCUCCCGCGUGAGGCUUCUAACGGUCACGGUCUUCGUGCUCAGAAGCCGAGCAUCACGGGGUGGGAGACAAGUGGGCUUCUCUCCCCGACCCCCACCUUUCUCUUCAGUGGGACUAGCGGUGGGUGCCACAUGGUGCCGGCCUGCCUCCCUGCCCGGGCCCGGCUCUCAGGCCCGUGGCCCUGCCUCCAAGCUCUGGCCCCAUGCAGCGAGCCGUGGCGCCUGACCCAGCCCUCACCUCCCACCCGCGUGGGCCCGUCCAGGGGAGACUGCUGCUUGUGCCCUGCCCUGGCCCUUCCUGCCCAUGCCCAGCCUGGCAGACCUUCCGCCGUGGCCACGACAGAGGGAGGCUGCUCGGGGUCUGGGCAUCACCCUGGGGCUCCCCACCCCUUUGGAUGUGCAGUCCCUCAGGGCGGGCGGCGCCCGGCUGGUGCGACGUCAGCCUGAACGGCCCUCCCUCCGAGAUGAGCCGCUCCCUGGACGGUGGAGCCCGGCCCAGCGGCCCUGCGGGGCUGUCACUGACCGGCAGGGCCCUCGGUUCCGUAACCGAAUCCCCUGGCCAUGGGCAGUCGGCGCCGCUCCCCCCGGCCACGCUACUCAAUGAGGUGCCUCCCCGCUGCCCCUCCCCACCGCCCAGCGCAGUCUCCCCCUCCCCCGCUGCCCCUCCCCACCGCCCAGCGCAGUCUCCCUCUCCCCCGCUGCCCACCGCCCACCGCCCAGCG